CAGACACAUACAACAAAUACAUUUGAACACACACCACCCUGUGCUACUGCCUUACCUCAAUCAACAUUACACUUCUAGUCUCGUUAUGUGUUAUUUCAUUGUGUUACUUUUUCUAAUGUAUGUCUGUUUAUUUUUAUUUCUCUUUGUCUCUGCUUUCAAAGUGAUGAGGAAGACUAUCAUUUGUGGGGUUUUAACUGUGAGUUUUGGUAUUUGAUGAUAAAACAUUUUGAUCUGGUUUUUCAUGUAAAGAGAUGGUGCACAGAACCAAUUUUUUAAACUGGUUUUAUAUAGGAAUUGAUUAAUAGGAACAAACAAGAUGUGAUUAUUUAUUCUGAUUAUUUUUGUACUUUUUUUGGUGCAAGGCUAUUUACUGCAAUUUUACUGUCAACCAGCAUUUUACACUAGUAAACACUCAUGUUAAGUCUCUGAGUGCUCUUUUCACAAGAGGAGUUUUAUCAAUGAUUGAUUUAUAUAAUGGUGCCAUUUGUAGCAGCAACUUUUGAUAAACAGACCACAUAUUACACAGUAUGUAGUUUUAUGUGAAAAGAAUGAACACAUGUAGCAUGGUGCUUUUCCUUCCCUUCCCUGUUCCUCUAUUGGUAGUCAUGAAGGAACAGUACUUCCCCGUUCCUCUAUUGGUGGUCAUGAAGGAACAGUACUUCCCCGUUCCUCUAUUGGUGGUCAUGAAGGAACAGUACUUCCCCGUUCCUCUAUUGGUGGUCAUGAAGGAACAGUACUUCCCCGUUCCUCUAUUGGUGGUCAUGAAGGAACAGUACUUCCCCGUUCCUCUAUUAGUGGUCAUGAAGGAACAGUACUUCCCCGUUCCUCUAUUGGUAGUCAUGAAGGAACAGUACUUCCCCGUUCCUCUAUUGGUAGUCAUGAAGGAACAGUACUUCCCCGUUCCUCUAUUGGUGGUCAUGAAGGAACAGUACUUCCCCGUUCCUCUAUUGGUGGUCAUGAAGGAACAGUACUUCCCCGUUCCUCUAUUAGUGGUCAUGAAGGAACAGUACUUCCCCGUUCCUCUAUUAGUGGUCAUGAAGGAACAGUACUUCCCCGUUCCUCUAUUGGUAGUCAUGAAGGAACAGUACUUCCCCGUUCCUCUAUUGGUGGUCAUGAAGGAACAGUACUUCCCCGUUCCUCUAUUGGUAGUCAUGAAGGAACAGUACUUCCCCGUUCCUCUAUUGGUGGUCAUGAAGGAACAGUACUUCCCCGUUCCUCUAUUGGUAGUCAUGAAGGAACAGUACUUCCCCGUUCCUCUAUUAGUGGUCAUGAAGGAACAGUACUUCCCCGUUCCUCUAUUGGUGGUCAUGAAGGAACAGUACUUCCCCGUUCCUCUAUUAGUGGUCAUGAAGGAACAGUACUUCCCCGUUCCUCUAUUGGUGGUCAUGAAGGAACAGUACUUCCCCGUUCCUCUAUUAGUGGUCAUGAAGGAACAGUACUUCCCCGUUCCUCUAUUAGUGGUCAUGAAGGAACAGUACUUCCCCGUUCCUCUAUUGGUAGUCAUGAAGGAACAGUACUUCCCCGUUCCUCUAUUGGUAGUCAUGAAGGAACAGUACUUCCCCGUUCCUCUAUUGGUGGUCAUGAAGGAACAAUACUUCCCCGUUCCUCUAUUAGUGGUCAUGAAGGAACAGUACUUCCCCGUUCCUCUAUUAGUGGUCAUGAAGGAACAGUACUUCCCUGUUCCUCUAUUGGUAGUCAUGAAGGAACAGUACUUCCCCGUUCCUCUAUUGGUGGUCAUGAAGGAACAGUACUUCCCCGUUCCUCUAUUGGUGGUCAUGAAGGAACAGUACUUCCCCGUUCCUCUAUUAGUGGUCAUGAAGGAACAGUACUUCCCCGUUCCUCUAUUAGUGGUCAUGAAGGAACAGUACUUCCCCGUUCCUCUAUUGGUAGUCAUGAAGGAACAGUACUUCCCCGUUCCUCUAUUGGUGGUCAUGAAGGAACAGUACUUCCCCGUUCCUCUAUUGGUAGUCAUGAAGGAACAGUACUUCCCCGUUCCUCUAUUGGUAGUCAUGAAGGAACAGUACUUCCCCGUUCCUCUAUUGGUAGUCAUGAAGGAACAGUACUUCCCCGUUCCUCUAUUAGUGGUCAUGAAGGAACAGUACUUCCCCGUUCCUCUAUUGGUGGUCAUGAAGGAACAGUACUUCCCCGUUCCUCUAUUAGUGGUCAUGAAGGAACAGUACUUCCCCGUUCCUCUAUUAGUGGUCAUGAAGGAACAGUACUUCCCCGUUCCUCUAUUAGUGGUCAUGAAGGAACAGUACUUCCCCGUUCCUCUAUUAGUGGUCAUGAAGGAACAGUACUACCUUCGUUUUUGUUUUUGUCUGGAUAGAUUUAGUAUUUUUGUUCACAUGAUGACAUAUUGAAAAAGCACUUUUUUAUUUUUCAUAACUUGAAAAAGGUCCUGUUCCAAUAUGUACAGAUCGAGAGAUAUAUCAGACAGCUCGUGUGAAACCUCUUCUCCUCUUUAUUCAGUAGUUCUGUGUGUAUUUGUUGUUGUUUUUUGUUGUUGUAGAAUGAUAAAUUACAUAUCAGUCUCACACAAAACCAAGCUUACUAAGCAACUAUGAAAUGCUGCAUAUAAAGAUUGUGUCAGAUUACGGUGCUUAUUAUUGUCAACCGCACUUGAUUUAUAUGAAUCUGGAUAAUCAUGUUUGUUCACUGUCUGGACUUCAAGAGUGUUUUAAAUAGGACAUGUUUUUAUACAGACAUAGCUAAAAAAGACCACAUAAAACCUGUUGAAAUGGUGACUAUAUUACUGUAUAUUUGUUACUGGUGCUAACAAGAUAUGUACCCUCUUUUUAACUGACUCGGGCAUUGAUGCACAGUUUUGUUUUUCCAUAUGCUGGGUAUAAAUACAUUAUACAAGUGGAUACCAAACCAAUCAAACCCCUUUGUUGUUUCUCAUUGCCUCCUCUUCAAUUUUUGGGAGACGCUGCUGACAAAAUAACACACUCCUCAGAUCGUUGCAUCUCCUCAGAUCGUUGCAUCGUCAUAAAUUGUAGGCUUAUCACGUAUUGAGUCAGACUGUAGACCUCUACAGAUUAUAAACCUUCUUCUGAUAGGGGCAACCAUUUUGAGUAUUAAUUCAUGCUCACAUUAGUCAAUCAUAACCAUGUAAUAAUAGGCCCAUUCACUAAUACUCAGUGCUUUGCUGGGGUAGGAGCGAACCGGAGCUGAAUACUGCCACCUCAAAUGUUCUACAGCUUGAGCUCCUGUUCCUCUUAUAGACUAUUAGCUCAAAAGUAUUGUGGAGCUCCUACAAAAUACAUAUCAACAGUACCGGCACCCAAAAGGGGUACCGACACCUAGUGCAGUCCAAGUCAAGCACUGCUACUAAUGUAAUCGAUUAGGCAUCUGUUGCAUUGAUCUGUCUUAACAUAUGCUGAAUAUAAAUCAGCUCAACGCCGAUAAAGAUUUCACUGGUGCUUUCAUUUUACUAAUACACAGAGCUGGAAAUGUUUGAUUGUUUGGUUUUUGUCAUCUUUUUUUUCUGUUGUUUUUCUCUUUGUUUCUCAGGUGUGAGUGAGGUUGUUAAUUUACCCAGUUUUCAACCCAACUAGGGCAUUACCCAGGCUUCAACCCAACUAGGGCAUUACCCAGGCUUCAACCGAACUAGGGCAUUACCCAGGCUUCAACCGAACUAGGGCAUUACCCAGGCUUCAACCGAACUAGGGCAUUACCCAGGCUUCAAACCAACUAGGGCAUUACCCAGGCUUCAAACCAACUAGGGCAUUACCCAGGCUUCAAACCAACUAGGGCAUUACCCAGGCUUCAACCCAACUAGGGCAUUACCCAGUCUUCAACCCAACUAGGGCAUUACCCAGUCUUCAACCCAACUAGGGCAUUACCUAGGCUUCAACCCAACUAGGGCAUUACCCAGUCUUUAACCCAACUAGGGCAUUACCCAGUCUUCAACCCAACUAGGGCAUUACCCAGGCUUCAACCCAACUAGGGCAUUACCCAGUCUUCAACCCAACUAGGGCAUUACCCAGUCUUCAACCCAACUAGGGCAUUACCCAGACUUCAACCCAACUAGGGCAUUACCCAGGCUUCAACCCAACUAGGGCAUUACCCAGUCUUCAACCCAACUAGGGUAUUACCCAGGCUUCAACCCAACUAGGGCAUUACCCAGGCUUCAACCCAACUAGGGCAUUACCCAGGCUUCAACCCAACUAGGGCAUUACCCAGGCUUCAAACCAACUAGAGCAUUACCCAGGCUUCAACCCAACUAGGGCAUUACCCAGGCUUCAACCCAACUAGGGCAUUACCCAGGCUUCAACCCAACUAGGGCAUUACCCAGGCUUCAACCCAACUAGGGCAUUACCCAGUCUUCAACCCAACUAGGGUAUUACCCAGGCUUCAACCCAACUAGGGCAUUACCCAGGCUUCAACCCAACUAGGGCAUUACCCAGGCUUCAACCCAACUAGGGCAUUACCCAGGCUUCAAACCAACUAGGGCAUUACCCAGGCUUCAACCCAACUAGGGCAUUACCCAGGCUUCAACCCAACUAGGGCAUUACCCAGGCUUCAACCCAACUAGGGCAUUACCCAGGCUUCAACCCAACUAGGGCAUUACCCAGGCUUCAAACCAACUAGGGCAUUACCCAGGCUUCAACCGAACUAGGGCGGACACAGUCUCCUAAAAAACGCUGUCUUCCAAUAGUGUCGUUAACAGAUUCACAAAGUCAAACCAUAUACUUAGACCUUUCCUCUGAGAUAAGUAUGUUGACACAUAGAUUGAAUACAUUUUAUACAAGUAGAAAGGUAUAUACAGUACAUAUAUAGUCUAUUACAUUAUAUUGAAUGUAGGCCGCUGCAAGUUACUGAUGUGGUAGAAAACAGUCACUUUAAAAUGUUUACACCUUUACAUAAGACAGUUUGUAAGAAAAAAUAUGAUCCUGUAAACUUUUGUAAUUUCUUCACUUGAAGAUUUCUCGGAUCUUCCUUUAUGUGUGACUUGAAAAAUGUAACUUACAUCAAGGAGGAAAAACUAGCACCAGCAUUUAAAACUCAAGGUUUUUAUUGGAAUAAAACUUUAUAAAAUACACAUCAUGUGAAACUGACUGUUUUUACUGUACUAUUCAUGGUUUGUAGAUAACAAGCAGUCUUGCUAGUUUGAAACUGAUUUCCAAAAUGACUGUAUUUAACUGUGUAUAUCAAUUUGACAGACUUUUUUAAAAAAUACUAAAUUCAGCAUUCCUGUCAAAGGCUGCCAUCUGGUGAUUUUGAAAUAAAGAUGUAUUUAUAUUUUGGA